AGCUACUACUCGUACUCCCCCCACCGAUCUAGUAGUAGGUGAAACAACAUUGCGCUCCCCGUCAGCCUGCAGAAAACGAUCCAGUUCGUCUCGCUGCCUAGCCUGCACGCACACCGGCCACCGCGCGCCACGGCCUGCCAGCCGACCACGAUGGCGUCCAGCGGCGAGGCAGCACUGCUGGGCGGCUCCGUCGGCGACGCGCGGGCGCCGCCGCUCCCGUGGAAGCUGCUGGCGCUGCUGUGCGCGGCGCUCGCGGUCGCGUGGUGCGCCGUGCGCGCGCUGGAGUGGGCGUGGUGGCGGCCGCGGCGCCUGGCGCGGGCGCUGCGGUCGCAGGGCCUCUGCGGCACGUCGUACCGCUCCCUCGCGGGCGACGCGCCGCUGACGGAGGAGCUGAACCGGGAGGCCAGGUCCCGGCCCCUGCCGCUGGGCUGCCACGACGUCGCGCCCAGGGCGAUGCCCUUGUUCCACCAGACCAUGAAGGAGCACGGCAAGACGUCGAUCACCUGGUUCGGGCCGGUGCCGAGGGUGACCAUCACCAAGCCUGAGCUGGUGCGCGAGGUGCUGUCCAACAAGUUCGGCCACUACGAGAAGCUCAAGUUGCGCAAGCUCCAGAGGAUGCUGCACAACGGCCUGGGCAGCCACGAGGGCGACAAGUGGGCCAAGCACCGCAGGAUCAUCAACCCCGCGUUCCACCUCGAGAAACUCAAGCGGAUGUUGCCGGCCUUCGCCGCGUGCUGCACGGACCUGGUGGAGAGGUGGGAAGGCCUGGUCGCGGAUGGGCAGCAGCCGUGCGAGGUGGACGUGUGGCCUGAGAUGCAGAACCUGACGGGGGACGUCAUCUCUCGCGCCGCGUUCGGCAGCAGCUACCUCGAAGGCAGGAGGAUCUUCCAGCUCCAGGGGGAGCAGGUCCAGCUCGUCGUCCAGGCCAUGCACAAGCUUCACAUCCCUGGAUACCUGUACCUGCCCACGAAAACCAACCGAAGGAUGAAGCGGAUCGCGUCGGAGAUCCAGGAGCUCCUCAAGGGCAUCAUCGCCAAGAGAGAGAACGCGCUGAGAACCGGCGGCGGCGCGGCGAGCGACGACCUCCUUGGCCUGCUCCUGGAGUCCAACAUGGAGCACUGCAGGGGUGACGGCGGCAAGUCCAAGGCCUCCGGCAUCACCACCGACGACGUCAUCGGGGAGUGCAAGCUGUUCUACUUCGCCGGGAUGGAGACCACGUCGGUGCUGCUCACGUGGACCAUGGUCGUGCUCUCCAUGCACCCGGAGUGGCAGGACCGGGCCAGGGAGGAGGUGCUCCACGUCUUCGGUGACAGGACGACGCCGGACUACGACGGCCUCAGCCGCCUCAGAAUCGUGACGAUGGUGCUCUACGAGGUGCUGCGCCUGUACACGCCGCUGACGGCGCUCCAGCGCCAGACGUACAAGCCGAUGGAGCUCGGCGGCGUCAGGUACCCGGCCGGCGUGAUGCUGAUGCUGCCGCUGCUGUGCAUCCACCACGACAAGGACGUGUGGGGUCCCGACGCGAGCGAGUUCAGGCCGCAGAGGUUCGCCGAGGGCGUCUCCAGGGCGUCCAGGGACGCGCCGGCCUUCUUCCCCUUCGGCUGGGGCCCGCGCACCUGCAUCGGCCAGAGCUUCGCGCUGCUCGAGGCCAAGAUGGGGCUCUCCAUGAUCCUGCAGCGCUUCGCGUUCGAGCUCUCGCCGGCCUACACGCACGCGCCGUUUGCACACGGCAUGCUGCAGCCGGAGCACGGCGCGCAGGUCAUGCUCAGGCGCCUCCCCUGAGACGAUGAUGCAUGGCCCGGGCGGGGUUAGGUUAUUUGAUUUGAUGGCUUCAUGUGUGCAUGUACAGCAUAUAUAUGUACUACGUAGUAGAUGUAAAUCAUGCAAGGAACUACACUUGCAAGGCGCGCUUGUGAAAAGUUGAUUGCCUUUCUAGUUACUGAUGAGAUGUAUCUCAGUUGUUACGGCUGGUUGAGAU